UUUUUGAGAAUAAUUAUUUGGGAUCCGUCGUCAUUUCUGACACGAGACUGUUCCGUAGAAAGCUCGUCUGAGUUCUACCAUUUUUAUCUCUCUGCAAAUUCGUAGAUUCGAUUAAUAGAUUUCCACCGUUCGGUUUUCGCAAAUCCAAUCUGAGCAGAACAGGCUGCUGUGCUUACCUUUGAUUCCGGGUUUGUGUGAAUUUCGAAAUUCGGUUUGUAUCCGAAUCCUCAAAGAUCCGAUUUCCGUGUAGUACAGAGAUUCCGAGCUUUUUCGAUCUCGCGUCGUUUUAUCGGUGAUUUGGUUCUGGCUUUGGUCUCCUGUUUUAUUUUUUGAGGCUUUACGCUUUGGAUGCGUCAUUGUUUACGUGUUCGUUGAUGGUCAUCUAAGUUUCUUCCGAAGCGAUAAUUGACAUUCGAGCGAAGGUCUUGAAAUCUUCUUUGUAGGUGAGAGAUGGUUGCCUUUGGGAAAAAGCUGAAAGAAAGACAAAUCCUGGAAUGGCAAGGGUAUUACAUCAACUACAAAUUGAUGAAGAAGAAAGUAAAACAAUAUGUUCAACAAAUUGAAGGUGGAACACAAAAUCGCCGUCAUGUUCUUAAGGACUUCUCUAGAAUGCUGGAUACUCAGAUUGAAAAGAUUGUCCUCUUUCUGUUGGAACAACAAGGGCUACUAGCAAGCAGGAUAGCCAAGCUUGGAGAACAACAUGAUACUCUUCAGCAGCAGCCAGAUAUUUCUCAAAUAUCUGAACUACGAGAAGCUUAUAGAGCAGUGGGACGAGAUCUGUUAAAGCUUCUUUUUUUUGUUGAGAUAAAUGCUAUUGGUUUGCGAAAGAUCCUGAAGAAGUUUGAUAAACGCUUCGGCUAUAGAUUCACUGAUUACUAUGUUAAAACCCGUGCUAAUCAUCCUUAUUCCCAGUUGCAGCAAGUGUUCAAGCAUGUGGGAGUAGGGGCUGUUGUGGGAGCCAUAUCUCGCAAUCUUGGAGAUCUUCAGGACCGUCAAGGAAGUUACUUAUCAAUUUAUGAUCAACCUGCCCUUCCUUUCCAGGAUCCUGUGAUUGAUUCAAUAAAAGCAGCCGUAGACAGGUUAACACACUCAACAAACUUCCUUCACUUUUUGGCCCAACAUGCACUUAUUAUGCAAGAAGAGUUACCUACUGCUGUUGAGGAGCAUGUCGACGAUCAGAAAUACCAUUUUAUGUCACUUCUGUUAAACUUGGCAAAUACAUUUCUUUAUAUGGUCAAUACGUAUAUUGUUGUCCCAACAGCGGAUAACUACUCCAUGAGCCUUGGAGCUGCAGCAACAGUUUGUGGUGUUGUGAUUGGGGCAAUGGCUGUUGCUCAAGUGUUCUCUUCGGUGUAUUUUAGUGCUUGGUCAAAUAAAUCAUACUACAGACCUCUUAUAUUCAGCAGUAUUGUUCUCUUUGUGGGAAAUACCAUGUAUGCACUGGCUUAUGACCUUGAUUCAAUAGUGGUUCUCCUACUUGGUCGUCUUUUCUGUGGAUUGGGCUCUGCUAGAGCUGUUAAUCGACGGUAUAUCAGUGAUUGUGUACCACUAAAAGUUCGCAUGCAGGCUUCUGCAGGUUUUGUUAGUGCCAGUGCUCUUGGAAUGGCAUGUGGUCCUGCUCUUGGUGGAUUGCUUCAAAUUAAUUUCAAGAUCUACAAGAUCACAUUUAACGAAGACACUUUGCCUGGUUGGGUUAUGGCUGUGGCAUGGCUGGUUUAUUUAAUUUGGCUAUGGAUCUCAUUUAAAGAGCCUGUUCGCGAGACCCAAGAGAGCAAUAUUCAGCAGGAAUCUAAUGCUGAACCAGUAGAGAAUGCACUUGAAAAGGGUCUAGCUCAACCAUUGCUCUUAAGUUCAGAAGACAAGCAAGAAGAUGAAGAUGGUGACCAAGACAUUGAUGUGAGUGAAGAAGCUCCUGAGGAGUCUCGUGGGCCAGCCACUUCUAUUGGUUCAGCAUAUAGAUUACUUACUACCUCUGUAAAGGUUCAACUAUUGAUUUAUUUCAUGCUCAAAUAUGCAAUAGAGAUUUUACUCUCAGAAUCAAGUGUUGUUACCACAUAUUACUUCAAUUGGUCCACGAGCACAGUGGCAAUCUUUCUUGCAUGUCUUGGCCUAACAGUUCUUCCAGUAAACAUUGCUGUUGGAAGCUACAUAAGCAACAUGUUUGAGGAUAGGCAAAUUUUACUGGCAUCUGAAAUAAUGGUUCUCAUUGGCAUACUCCUAAGCUUCAACAUAAUAAUUCCAUACUCUGUUCCACAAUAUGUCUGCUCAGGACUCAUCAUGUUUGUUUCUGCUGAAGUCCUUGAAGGUGUCAAUCUGGCACUCCUCUCUCGGGUUAUGUCAUCAAGGCUUUCUCGUGGAACCUACAAUGGUGGACUGCUUUCAACUGAAGCUGGGACAGUCGCUCGAGUAAUUGCAGAUGGCACAAUAACCUUAGUUGGUUACUUGGGUGAGAGUAAGCUACUGAAUAUCACCCUACUUCCUUCACUUCUCAUCUGCAUAUCCUCCAUCAUUGCUACCUUCUUUACCUACAACUCUCUCUAUUAAUUCAUUUCUCUUGCAUCAAAAGAUGUAGUGUCUCCAAAUCCAUUCCAUUUCCCUCAGUAUUUCUCAGGUAUUCUUUGCUAUAUAAUUUUUCUUUUCUUUUCUGUUUGGUCCUGGAUGCAUGCUGUAUAAUAUGCGAAAACUAGCUCCUUCAUUCCCAAUUGGAUUUUCAUAAUUUUUUGAGCCUCCAGUGAAGAGGUCCUCUGUAUUGCAAGUUCAGCAACCUUUUCCAUUCUUUUGUUGUUGAUUCAGUAUAUCAUCAAUUACUAAUACAUCCUGCCCCUUCUAGUUGAAUUA